AUGCACAACCCGACGGCGAACCCUUCUUUUCUGGAGCAGACUGUCUCUCUCAUGAGCAGUGCAGCAAGCUACAUGCGCUUGCCUGCGAUAGCUUCAACUGGGGUCGCCGCGGUUCUAACAGCUCUUCUCUACUUUAAACAAAAAGCAUUAAUUUAUCCCUCCGAAGUCCCCGCCAAUGCCCGUACCGAGGUCCCCCGCCCCAGCCAGUUCAACUUCAAGGACUACGAGGAGCUCAUCAUCCCGACCAACGAUGGCGUGAAGCUAUCCGCCUUCUACAUCCGUGGCCCGCGCGGCGGGCCCAACGCAAAUCUAACGAUCCUCAUGUUCCACGGCAACGCCGGCAACAUCGGCCACCGUCUGCCCAUCGCACGUAUGUUGAUCGCCGCCUCCGGCUGCAACGUCUUCAUGCUAGAGUACCGCGGCUACGGCAUCUCCACCGGCCAACCCGACGAAUCUGGCCUGAACAUUGACGCCCAAACAGCCCUCGACUAUCUCCGCGACCGCGCCGAGACGCGCGAUCACAGGAUUGUUGUGUACGGCCAGAGCUUGGGUGGUGCCGUCGGCAUUCGUCUCGUGGCAAAGAACCAGGCUGCCAACAUCUCCGGUCUCAUCCUAGAGAAUACCUUCCUCAGCAUGCGUAAACUGAUCCCGUCCAUCAUGCCGCCCGCCAAGUACCUGGCGUAUCUGUGCCACCAGGUCUGGCCGAGCGACAGCUUAAUUCCUAAUAUCAAAGUCCCGACUCUCUUCCUGAGCGGUCUCCAGGACGAAAUAAUCCCUCCCAUCCACAUGAAGCGGCUCCACGACCUCUCCAAGGCGCCCAUCAAGAUCUGGAAACCUCUCCCCGGUGGCGAUCAUAACUCGAGUGUGGUGGAGGAGGGCUACUUUGAGGCCAUUGUCGAUUUUCUGAAUCGCAUUGUGCCGGAUAAAGCGUAA